AUGCACACAGACACACACACAUAUUUAUUGCUACACAGAGGUCAGUCCAAGGAGGAAACACCAUCUCUGACAGAGCUGAGGCAAAUUCUCUGGACGAACAGGAAGCCAGUGGCACCUGUCAAUCAAGUCUGGCCGAACCUGUACAUCGGAGAUGAGUCUGUGGCCCGAGAUAAAGCCACACUCUCGUCUCUGGGUGUAACUCACAUACUGAAUGCUGCAGCAGGUCGACACCGGAUCAACACGGGUCAGCAGUUCUACAGUGACCUCAAAGUGGAAUACCACGGCGUUGAAGCUGCAGACCAUCCGGAGUUCAACCUCCGACCUUUCUUCGACCCUGCUGCACAGUUCAUAGACAGCGCUCUGAAGACACAUGGGAAGGUGUUUUGUGCACUGUGCCAUGGCGUCAGCCGCUCUGGAGCGCUGGUUCUUGCAUAUCUGCUGAUCUGCCAGAAGCUGUCGUUAGUGGACGCCAUCAUUGCUGUGCGCCUGAACCGAGACAUUGGUCCUAACUCUGGAUUUUUGGAGCAGCUGAGGCAGCUGGAGCUGAGUCUCAGUGCACAGAGCAGACUGAUCACAGAAAAGGGCCACGCUGAACACAUCAUGACGGAGCAUUUCACCCUUUUCAGUCACCUGUUUGUUUGA